ACAGAGUAGAGAGUCAGGGCUGGGAUUUCGCCGGGCAAGCCCAGCGGUUGCAGCUGCGGCGGAUCCCGAGGCUCUGCCCGUGGUGCACCCGGGCAGCCCAGGGCCGGCAGCCGCUCCGUAAAGUCGCGGAACAAGGGAGUCCGAGUGCCCGCAAAGUGAUAGGGCUCCGGGCUGGGUCUGGGCUGGAAGAGGCGUGCCUGCAGAGCCUGGAUCCCCGGCGCCCUUCGGCCUCGAGUGCAGCGACCGGUUGACGGUGCAGCCGCCUGGGAAAGAGCAGUCAAAUUGCAGCCUCCCCAAAGAAGCCUAGUUAACGCAGGCGAACCAGCGGCUCCCCGAAGCGUGCUUAGAGCGGUGCCGCAGAGCCCUCCCGGGCUAGCGGGCUAAGGCUGAGAGCCGGGCGCCGUCCCAGAGGCAGCGGGUUGCUCCGCGAGUGCUCUCCGGUGCAAAGAGGGGGCGUGCAAAGCUCCAACGGUCGGCCCGCUCAGAACCUGUGCCCGACCCGGGUGCCCCCUCCGUCCCACUCUGGGAGCAAUGCCCCCCGCCCCUCGUGCCCCCCGGGAACGACGUGAGCAUGGAGAAGUCGAGUAGUGAGGAUUCUUCGAUCCACCGGAGUCCAUCUUUGGACAGCAAGGACUCAGACUUUGCCAAGCCGUCCACCUCUGGCCGCCCGUUCGGCCGCGGCUUCACGGCUGGCGCCUUCUACGGCACCGCAGGUUCUCGGGGUCAGAGCCACACCGAGGCCGGCAUUAAGACUGACAAGUACAAUGCUCCCAAAGGCAGCAAGUACGUGGUGUUUUACCUGGACCUGUCCUUUGUGUUCCUCCUAGAAUUUAAGAAGUGCAACAUGGCCAGGGGCUGCCUCUGCUGCUUGAAGUACAUGAUGUUCCUCUUCAAUUUGAUAUUCUGGCUCUGUGGCUGCGGACUGCUUGGAGUGGGCAUCUGGCUCUCCGUUUCCCAAGGCAACUUUGCCACCUUCUCCCCCAGCUUCCCCUCGCUGUCUGCAGCCAACCUUGUCAUCGCCAUAGGCACCAUUGUCAUGGUGACAGGCUUCCUGGGCUGUCUUGGGGCCAUCAAGGAAAACAAGUGUUUGCUCCUCAGUUUUUUCAUCGUGCUGCUGAUCAUCCUCCUGGCAGAGCUGAUCCUGCUCAUCCUCUUCUUUGUCUACAUGGACAAGGUAAACGAGAAUGCCAAGCAGGACCUGAAGGAAGGACUGCUGCUGUACAACACUGAGAACAACGUGGGGCUCAAGAACGCCUGGAAUAUCAUUCAGGCCGAGAUGCGGUGUUGUGGAGUCACUGACUACACAGACUGGUAUCCAGUGCUGGGAGAGAACAUAGUUCCUGACCGCUGCUGCAUGGAGAACUCCCAGGGUUGUGGGCGCAACACCACCACCCCCUUGUGGAGAACGGGCUGCUAUGAGAAGGUGAAGCUGUGGUUCGAUGACAACAAGCACGUUCUGGGCACCGUGGGGAUGUGCAUCCUCAUCAUGCAGAUCCUGGGAAUGGCCUUCUCCAUGACUCUAUUCCAACACAUCCACCGGACGGGUAAAAAGUAUGACGCCUGAGCAUUUGGCAGCGCCUGGCCCCACCCGGACAUUGUACGUGCGAGGGGAGAGGACCUGAGUCUGUGUCUCCUGUCUGCCCUCCGAUGGCCACCCUGCCCCACCUGCCAGCCUGCUCUCCCCUGCCCACAUCCUUGGCCUUGGACCUCUUGGAGGGCAGAGACCCAGAGAGGAGGCAUCAUGCAGAGACCUCAGGGCUUGGGCGCCUGGACUCUUGCACCUGCAGAUUUGCCAAAGACACCAGGGUGGGCAGGGGAUCAAGGAGGAGGCCCUUGCGUUGAUGGGUUGCCGCCCCAGCCCUUCCUCACACUGACACUUGUCCCUGUGUGGGAUGGAGAGUCUGCCCCACCAAGGCCACGGCCGUCCAUGGCUGCCCAGCCAGAGAGACAGCCAGGGUGCAGCGUGGCGCCACCGGGUCAGGCUCCCUGGAGCACCCUGCCUGGGUUUUUAUACUAUAGUGUAACUUUUUUUUAUUUUACUCUGAUUACGAUUAUUCAGGAAUAUUAUCUCUCAGAUAAGUAUAGGGUUAGCUUCCUGAUUUAUAACUUUUUACUGUGUUGAUUUCCAUAACGGUUUGAGUUUCCUUUUCCUGUGCGUGGGGAUGGGUAGGGAGAAAGGACCCCAUCUGCUUUCAGUGAGGACACACCACUGUGCAACACUCAUGAGACUCUAAGGUGAGGAUAGCCAGACUUUCCCCCCAAAACUCACCUGGAGGGAGAGGGUGCAGCCGUGCUAUGGGGCCCGGCUAGGCCUGGCGACCACGGAUAGGGCCAGAAGGGGCAGGUGUGAUAUAAAGCAUGGCGGGGCAUCCUUCUCAGGGGUGACAGGGGUGGUACCUGAGGCCAUGUCAGGAGGGGAUGCUCAGGACGGGGAAUAAUGAAAUGCUUUGCUGGGGGGUGGGGGGCGGCAGUCAGAACAGUUUGUGGCAUUUCCUUUCUCUUCCCUCAGUCCUCUGCUGAUGUCCCUCCUGACCCCACACAUCCUGCAUCCCAGAUGGUCACUCUCACACAUUCCUGCUAUCGAGUCCUUUGGUUCAGACCGCACUCUGCGCACCCUGUUCUGAACAGUGGAAGCAGACAUGUCCAGCUGCCCAGACUGAAACAGAGUCUCAGGACUGUCAGGAGGAGAGGAAGAGUUGGCAUCUCUGGCCAGCCCCACCAGACUCACUCAGUUGCUGACUGCCCUGCUGAGGGGUAGGGCCACAGGGGUCUCAGGACCCUCCCUCAUUAGGAUCCAUGGCUGUCUCCACUGGGUGGCAGGCAUCACAUCCCAUGUAACCUCAAGGAGACAAGAUAAAGAAAAUCUUAGAAGUCAGGCUCACAUUGCCACAGCAGGCCCGGGGAGAAGGCCCUCGAUCUGGAUGCCCCUUGCUGGGCAUAGGAGAUGGAGGCAGGGUGUACUCCCAGCAGCCCUGCCAGCACUGAUGCCCAGUGUCCCCUUCUGUGAACACAGUAAAGGCAAGACUGGGGGACUGGCCCGACAGCCAUCUGGAAUCCAGAGUCCACUCUCCAGGUGUCAUGUGGCAGCUGCUUUUCUCAAGCCAUUUGACUCCUUACCACUGUUUCCCACCGAGCCAGGUCUUCCACCACUUAGCCAGACCGCUCAGCCAACCUAUAACCCCUCUGACUACCUUGAAUAACAGGCAAGGCAGGACCAGGGAUGUGGAACUUUCAGUGUGUUCAAGAUUGAAGUUUUGGGGGUGAGAGGAUAGUAGGGAGCUCUAAGCAAAUUGGACAGAGGGGCCGCCGGUUCCAGGAGAUGAAAUUGUGUUGUUAGGGGAAUGACAGACACCUCCCUGGGAACCCCAAAAUACAGAGCUCAGGUAGACCCAUUAAACAACCAGGAAAAAAAAGUGGUACCUGCUACAUAAUGAGUUAGUGUGGGUGGAGUGGUGGGUUUGUUUAUACCUAUAAAUGGGAUUUCUUACUCCCGUUAUCAUCAACAGUACAUCUCCCAGUACACCGGAAAGCAUUUGGCCUCCCUGCCACCUCAUGUCUCUAGAGUGCUUCAGGGUGAUGCUGCUCCCCAGAGCUGCAGCCAACGUCCCCUACCCUCACCAGCUCACCUCAAUUGUCUGUCCAGCAGAGCCAGAUCACACGUCCCAAACCGCCUUCUUGUGUUAGCUGUGUGUAUCUACAUGAGGCUCCAUGCUCACAGGGUGGGUGUUCUGAACCCCUUGCUUGUCUCGGGGAAUGGCCCCCAUACACUAAAUGGCCACAGCAAGUGAGGCCAGGGGAGGUGGCUCAGCUCUUCUCUGAUCCUCUUGGCUGUGAGCUCACUGGGGGCAAACCCGCCAUGAGAGCCUCCUCACCCGUGCUUCCUUGAGCAGUUUCCUCGAGGCCCCACUCCAGGAAUCUGCAGACCUGCCUCAGAAAGUCCUCUCCGUUUGUAGGUGACUUCCCAGAAGCGCUUGACUUGACGUAGCUGUGGCAUUUCUCCAAUGCCCACUGGUAGAGGGGCUCAGUGGGCAGGGUCUGGAAACUGCUCUCAGGUGACUGUCGGGUGUCAGGGUGCACGGCUCCUGUGCGGCUGUACUCUCUGAGCUGGAACAAUGUCAUCGUACCCCCCACCCCCACCCCCGCCAGCCUGGGCCAGUGCCUCGGCUCUCCCCUUGCACAUUCUGGCCUGACUUAGAAAUGAGUGGCCAGGCCUCCAUGAAGUGGCUCUUCAAGUGGAUGGAAUUGUGGUCCCCUCCUCUCUGGCUCCCUGCCCACCCACCGGUGGAGGUGCUAAUCAGCAGGGACAUGGCACAGGACGGGGAGCUGGGUGCCAGGGGCUGGGGGUCUCUCCUUUGCCCCUCAGCCCUUUGGUCUGGUGACCCCUCUCAUGUUCCUGUUCUCUCAUUUCCCUUCCCUCCUCCGUGAUGGCGGUGUCCUGGCCUCUUCCUCCCUCAGUGGGCAUCCUGAGGAGUCAGGCCUUUGGGCCUCCACUUGCCUCGCUGUCCCUGGGUGGCCAGAGAGCCGGGAGUGCACGCUGGUUGGUUUCAAAUGCACUUUCUGCUUGCAAUGCCUUGUCUGCAUUUCCUCCAUCCCAGGUCCUGCUUUAAUGAACACCAUGUUUUUAGCAUGUUUUUAAAUAAAAACCGAUAAUGUGUCAAAAGCACA